CGUUACAGAUAAGGCCAGAAGUACCGUACGAGGCCACCAAGCCUCCCAACGGCCGCCGAUCACAGAGUCAAGCGCGCGCACCGCGGCGCGGCGCAGCCACACCCCGCCACCGCCAUGGCCACCACCUCCCUCGCCUCCUCCUCCCGCCACCACCCUCACCUCUUCCGUUCCCAUCGGAACCCCAACUCCUCCUUCAGAACCUCCAGUCGAGGCCGCCUCCAGCCCAUCCGGUGCUCGUCCCCGCAGCCGGCCACAGGCGGCGAGGCGGAGGAAUCGGAGCGCCGGCGGCUGUCGAAGCAAUCGUCGUGGAAGGCGAAGGACGCGGACGGGGACGACUACCUAUACCGCCUCGGGAAGGAGGCCGACAACAUGGACAUCGCCGUCGGCGCACGGGCCGGCAUCGUCGACGACCUCUUCGUUGGGAAUUUCCUCGGCAAAGACUCGGAUAUCGUGUUUGAUUACCGGCAGAAGGCAACUAGAACAUUUGAGUACCUGCAGGGGGAUUACUACAUCGCACCGCUCUUCCUCGAUAAAGUUGCGUGCCAUAUUGUAAAGAACUUCAUUGCACAUUUUCUUAAUAUCAAGAUUCCCCUUAUACUUGGGAUCUGGGGUGGAAAGGGUCAAGGGAAAACAUUCCAAACUGAACUCAUAUUUAGAGCAAUGGGUGUUGAGCCUGUUAUUAUGUCUGCUGGAGAAUUAGAAUCUGAAAAAGCAGGAGAACCUGGGAGGCUAAUACGUGACCGAUACAGGACUGCCUCCCAAGUAAUUCAAAACCAAGGGAAAUUGAGUUGCUUGAUGAUCAAUGAUCUAGAUGCUGGUGUUGGAAGAUUUGGAAACACACAGAUGACAGUCAAUAAUCAAAUUGUUGCUGGAACUUUGAUGAACCUGGCAGAUAAUCCUACCAGAGUGAGCACUGGCCAGAAAUGGAGAGAAAAUGAUAUUACAAACAGAGUUCCUAUAAUAGUAACUGGAAACGAUUUUUCAACUCUAUAUGCCCCCUUGAUUCGUGAUGGGAGAAUGGAAAAAUUCUACUGGCAGCCUGAUCGUGAAGAUAUAAUUAAUAUUGUUCAUGGCAUGUAUACAAAGGACGGGAUAUCUAUUGAGGAAGUAUCAAGAAUUGUAGAUACAUUUCCAAACCAAGCUCUGGAUUUUUAUGGAGCUUUGAGAUCCAGGACAUAUGAUCGGGCUGUCUUGGAGUGGGUCGAUCAAAUUGGUGGCCAUGAAAAGCUAGGUGAAAAGCUUCUUAAGCAAAAGAGAGGAGAGAAGCUUCCCACAUUUAUACCCCCAAAGCAAACGAUAGAGGCAUUGAUCGAGUCAGGGCACUCGCUGGUGAGGGAGCAAGAACUAAUAAUGAACUCAAAAUUGUCGAAAGAGUACAUGAAGAACUUAGAAGAUUAGUUAGAUACACGCAAGUGUAACUCCUUGUUUUCCAUUUCGAGCCAUAUGCCGUCCGGUUUGUUCCAGUUGCAUGUGCAAGUAUAGAACAGUCUACAAAGCAUACGAAAGAAUUUUUUUCUGUGUGUAUGUAUUUUUCAGAUGUAACUACGUACAUAAUCUAUCCGAAAAUAGAAACAAAGGAUGAUGCUUUUUGUUUCCCUCUUUUGUA